AUGGACAAUGUCGAGUACAACGAUGCCAACCGCGCCUUCAUCCAGGCCUUCAUGGCGCGCUCAUCCAUGACCUUGCCAGAAGUCCAGCCGGUCCUGGCAGCCAUUAUGUCACUGCACGAGGGUCGUCCAAUCGAGCCCGACGAUGUCACCACCGAACACCUCUCCUCCUUCAUUUCCGCCGCCAACUCGGCAAUAUCCCCCUUUGACCUAGAAAUCCGCAGCUCCCUACAUCAAGCCUCUCAAGCAAAUCCACAGGGUACCACCGACCCAACGCCGGAGCGGUUCUACGCGCUUGUUAAUACAACCAGCGAUGCUCUAACGCAACUUGCGACAACUCGCUCCGCCGACGAGAUUGCCUUCGUCAAGAGGAUUCUGGACUACAUGUUCGAUACAAAUAACACCCGGCGGUGUGAAGGAAUGGCCAUUUCAAGCAUACAGGCUAUCCAACAGGCCAAAACUUCAGGUGAUACUAGUCGGCGGCGGUCUACGAAUGUCGGUGGCGCGCAGGCGAACCAGGGGGGAACUGCACAACCACUGAGCAUGACACAAGCAGAGAACGUUAUGAGGCAGCUGGUCGAUGAAGGCUGGUUCGAGAAGAGCCGCAAGGGGUUGUUUACCCUCACUCCGCGGGCGUUGAUGGAGCUGCGUGGCUGGUUGGUCUUGACGUACAAUGACGAUGUCACGCGGAUUAAGAAUUGCGCUGCGUGCAAAGAAAUCAUCACUGUGGGCCAACGCUGUGGCGACCUUGAUUGCCCAGGUCGUCUGCACGACCACUGCAUGCGGAACUUCUUUCGAAUGCAGCAAGCAGAAAAGUGUCCCGUGUGCAAGGAAGAGUGGCCUGGUGACAAGUUUGUGGGUGAGAGAGCCAUAGCUGCGCAGCAGGGCCGACCACCGACUGUUGCUGUCCAGCGCGAGACCGCACCCCCGUCGAGCAUGCCGAAUGGUCACCAUAAUGCAUCUGAAGUGGAAGAUGGCGAUGAGGAUGAAGGGUGA